ACAAGUACUAACAUACCAAAAUGCUCAUUUUCUUAUCCACCUAACUUAGCGAAAUCUUCGAGCAUAUUUUUAUAACUUAUAUUAGAAUAAAAUUUAGAGUCUAUUUUAUCUUAGUAUUAUUUUUGGUAUUUUUUCUGCUCUAUAUAUCUUAAGAGAACCUUUUACAAAGGUAUUCCCUUUGUUAGGCACUUAUUUUGACUCCAUUCUACCCCUCUACAACACCCAGCAUCCUGCUCCCGCACUGCAUGAAGGGCGUAGGCGCAUUGAUAUUGGUGGUAUUUACCUACCUUAUGUAUAAAUUCCAACAAGUAUUAUUGAAUAGAAUCCACUCUGACAACCAGUCUGUAUCAAUCUUGUAUCGUACUAAGCUUUCUCCUCGAUCUAACGUUCCACGAUGGCACCGGCAUCUUGCAAAGUUCGACAUGCUCGCCGAGAUGAUGUACCGAUAAUUCUCCAACAGAUUCGUGAGUUGGCUGACUACGAGCAUGAACUCGAUUCUGUUGAAGCAACCGAGGCCACGCUUCUUUCUACCAUAGCCUUCGCCCCCGAUAAUGUUGAAUCAACUUCCACUGCCCCCAAUACUGAGUCCACAUCGCCUUCGAGACCGGCGCGAUGCCUCCUUCUAUUCAACGAAGAAGAUAAACCGGCUGGCAUGGCGCUGUACUUUUAUAACUAUAGCACAUGGCGAUCAAAAGCAGGUAUCUACCUUGAGGACUUGUUUGUUCGGCCGACGGACCGGAAAAAGGGCUACGGGAAGAAGCUGCUUGUCGAGUUGGCUAAGGAGGUCGUAGCAACAAAUGGCGGUAGGCUUGAGUGGAGCGUGCUGAAGUGGAACGAGCCGAGUAUUCAAUUCUACGAAUCCAUUGGAGCUAAGAAGAUGGACGAUUGGGUAGGGAUGCGAGUCGAUCGCGAGGGCUUAACUAAGUUAGCUGGCCUGUUAGACUGAGCAAUCUGGCUAGGAAAAAUACAUCCGUCCC